AUGAAGAAGAUAUUCACCCGUUGGAGGAGACAGGAGUCCUGGUCUUCCGGAUCCUCCACCAGCACAGGGAGGAGCAGAGUUGGAGACAGAGGCCCCGGGUACCACAUCCGAGGCAAAGAUCUCAAGGAGAUACACAAAGCUGCCAGCGUGGGCAAUGCAGUAAAAGUAAGGCAGAUACUCUUGCUCCAGAUCAAUGCCUUAAAUGACAGAGACAAGAUGAACAGGACUGCCUUACAUUUGGCCUGUGCCAAUGGCCAUCCAGAAGUGGUCACUCUGCUAGCUGACCAAAAAAAAUGCCUGUUGGACCUUUGUGAUAGACAAAACAGAACAGCUUUGUUUAAGGCCGUGCAGUGCCAGCAGGAGGAGUGCGCCGCGGUUCUGCUAGCCCGAGGCGCUCACCCAAACCUGGUGGACAUCGACGGCAACACGGCUCUGCACUAUGCUGUCCUGGGUCAGAACGCAGCUAUCGUGGCAAAGCUGCUUUCAUAUGGAGCAAACAUGGAAGCUAGAAACAAGGAUGGUUUCACAUCACUUUCACUUGCUAAAAAACAAAACAAAGAGCAGAUGGUGGAACUUUUAAUAAAGAGUAAUGCAAAAGUCGAUCUGAUGGACAGGCCUACAACACAGCGUGAAAACUCCAAGGAUCAAGUUAUUUCACAAACAUAUUGCCAGACAGAAAAGACAUCUGAAAAUCAAAGAAUGCAAAUUAGGCUUCCACGUUUGCAUCUGGAAAAAAUGUCUCCAGAAUCAGAAAUGAAUAGGGAAUGUGACAGUGAUGAUAUGUCUACAUAUUCAGGAUAUCCUUCUGUGCAAAAGUAUGAGAAAAUGUGGAUCAAACAAAGCAAAUUAGAACAGAGGAAGAAUUUACAACUUAUGCCAAAUGAGUUAAAGCAGAAGUUUGGUGAAAUUUGUAAAAAAUACAAAGUUGCUGCUUGCCCUGAGGAAGAGCCACUACGUGAUAAGUCUAAAGAAGGACCAAGCUUAAGACAAAUACCUUCUAAUUUGACAAAUAAUAUACUUGAUUGUGAAGAAAAAGAUGCAUUUGGAAUGUCUGUCUCUGCAGUAUUCCAAACAUCUCCUGAACGAGAAGAGCCCACUCUUGAAAAUAUUUCUCCAUCUCAUUCAUACUGUGGAUCCUCAACAGAUGCUCCCUGCUCAUUUUCUAAGCUAUGUUCAAGAGAAAAGAUAUUACUUUCUGAAAAUAAGCACAAAUCAGACACUGAACAAGUUUUUAACAAAAGCGAGGAGAGGUUUUAUAAUGAUGCAGAAAAUAAAGUAAGGAACCCAGCAGUUACAUUUGAAAUGAAAGAAUACCAAGGGUUUGGUAUGCAGAUGACAAAAAAUAUGAACCCAAAUACCACUAACUGGAAAUUAGGCAUCAGACAUACACCUCAGUCUCGUGUUCUGAAAAGCCCUUUUGAUUUGUGGCUGCCACACUGCAAUCAUAUAAAAAACACAGUUCAAAUAAAAAAGCAUGCUAUUUCUGCAGUUACAAAUACUUAUAAGGAAACAAAGCCAAAUGCAGACUUGUUCCAGAAGCCAUUAUUUAUAGACAAUUGCAGUGCUAGUAACUGUAAAAGCAUGAAAUAUGGGAUAGAAGACAUGAGUUCCUCUCCACCCUACAGUGACAGAACACCUAACAUGUAUGCAAAUAAAAAGUUGCAGCAAGAUAUACAGAGGUUUCAGAAUGAGAUAGACAUGUUCAAACUAGAGCUCCUGGCUUUGAAAAAAGAGCAACUUCAACUUCAGAAACAGGUUGAAGAAGAAAACGAGAAACAGAAAAUUAGUAAAAUGAAGGUAACCAAAGACAUAAAUAAAGUUGCUGGUGAUGACAGCAAUGGAUUAAUUAAGCAAAGAGAUUGCAAACAAGCUGAUGACCAGCAAUUUCCUAUUAUGAAAAAAGGUGAUUCUGAUAGGUCUUUAAAGGAAAUAUCUUAUGAAGAGUAUAAGGUCAAAGAGAAAAUUAAUUCCAUGGAUGACCUUGAUGACUUAAUUCACUCAAUUGAAACAGUUUCAGAACCUUGCCAGUCACCUCACUCCAAGUGUGAAAAUUUCACAUUGCUAAUUAAACAACCUUGCAAGCAUUUUAAAGAUUCAAAUAUCUUAUUUCAAAUCCAGGAUGCAGUUCUUGUAUCUGAAAGAGCAAAAGAAUGUGGGAAAUAUCAAUGUGAAUUGCAUACCCAAAAAGUUAAAACAGUGGAAAAUGGGGCUAGUGGACUACACAAGAAGUCAUCAGAAACAAGAGAAAUAGAAUCACUGUUAAAGCAUCAGAAAGUGGAAUUGGAACAAGAACUCUGGAAUUUGAGAUUUGCCUUAAAAGAAGAAAAGGAGAAAAGGCAGAAAGCUGAUCUAUUGCAUGAAAAAAGUAGGGAGCAGCUAAUGAAAACAGAAGAGCAGUACGCUAAAGAGACCGAGAUGAACAGAGACCUUGAAAGCACUGUCAGAACACUAGAGAUGGAACUGAAGAAAGUCAGACAGAAUUUAAGCCAGAGAAAAGUACAGCACAAUUAUUUUAUAGAAGGUUUUGGAAUGACAAAUUGA